AUGUAUAUUUUUAAGUCUUCCCACUGAUCCCACUGAUGAUGUAUUAUUAUUUGAGAACAAUUCCCGUUUACAACGUAUCAUCUAGUUGAGCCCCCAACUACUGAUUACAUUGUUUCAUUAUCUUCCCUGUAGUCGGUGUCUAUAAAAACCUGAAGUAGACUUGAAUCGAUCGCAAGUGUUAUUUCAGACUCGUUAAUUGUCGGUACUUGUAAUCGGAAGUGAAUCAAAUUAUUUCUUAGACUCCUGUGAAAUGGUUUUAACGGCCGCCCUGUUUGUGAUUAUCGGCGCGCUUAGCGCUAUUUAUGUGUGGUUCCAACGAAAUCACAGCUAUUGGCAGCGCAAGGGCAUACCCUAUAUGCAGCCCACGCCCAUCAUAGGGAAUACUGGGCCAGUGUUUACGCAGUCGAACUCCUUUGGCCUGCACAUCUCGGCUGUGUACAGUGAUCCCCGGAUGGCGAAUGAGGCCGCUGUUGGCAUCUAUGUGAUCAAUAAACCUGGUUUGGUCAUCCGCGAACCGGAACUGAUUAAAUCGGUGCUAAUCAAAGAUUUUAAUCGAUUCACCAAUCGCUAUGGACGCACCGAUCCACAUUAUGAUGCCCUUGGCUCCAAUAAUCUGUUCUUUGUGCGCAAUCCACAAUGGAAGGAGAUAAGGACGAAGCUGACGCCGGUUUUCACCAGCGGAAAGAUGAAGCAGAUGUAUCCACUCAUGCAGGAGAUAGCCGCAGAUCUAGAGUCUAUGCUAGCCAAGGAGAGGCCAGCAAACGGAGACAAAUACGUUACAGAUAUCAAGGAUGUGUGCGCCAGGUUUACGACGGACUCAAUAGCAACGAUAGCGUAUGGUGUGCGUGCGAAUAGUUUGUCGAAUCCGGAUGCCGAGUUCCGUAGGCAAGGCCGUAAGAUCUUCGCACCGACGCUGGCGCGGAGCAAGGACUUCUUUGUCGCCUUCUUUUUGCCGAAGCUGGUGUCGCUGCUGCGCAUCAAGGUGUUUCCGGACGAUUUUUCCAAAUUCCUGCGCGAUACUAUUGGCCACGUCAUGACGGAGCGAGAGCGAACGGCGACGGUGCGCAAUGAUCUGAUCGAUGUGCUCGUGGGCUUGCGCAAGGAGGCAGCCCUGGAGCCGGGCAAGCCGCAUCUGGCCAACAACAACGACUUUUUGGUUGCUCAAGCGGGAGUAUUCUUCACGGCGGGCUUCGAGACGAGCUCGUCAGCCAUGUCCUUUGCCCUGCUGGAGCUGGCUAGGCAGCCGGAGUUGCAGAAGCGGCUGCGACAGGAAAUCCAUGAAGCCCUACUCGAGGAGAAGGAUGGCAAACUGAGCUACGACAAAAUCCAUUCACUCGAGUACCUAUCCAUGGUGGUGGACGAGGUGUUGCGCAUGUAUCCAGUUCUGCCUUUCCUAGAUCGCGAGUAUCAGAGUAUUAAGGGAGAAGCGGAUCUUUCGCUGAAGCCCUACUACGACCACAAACUGGAGAAUGGCACGCCCAUUUUUAUACCCGUCUAUGCACUGCAGCGAGAUCCUAAGUACUGGACCAAUCCGAAUCUGUUUAAUCCCGAACGCUUCUCGGCCGAGAACCGCAAAUCUAUUGAGCCCAUGGCCUACCAGCCCUUCGGUCUGGGUCCCCACAAUUGCAUCGGCAGUCGAAUCGGAGUGCUGCAGACCAAACUGGGUCUGGUCCACUUCUUUAAGAAUCAUUUUGUGCGCUCCUGCCCAGAGACCGUGAAGGAGAUUGAAUUCGAUCCUAAGUCGUUUAUUUUGCAGCUGAAGUCGGGCAUGUUUCUCGAGAUUGUCAACGAUAGUCUAUACGAUGCGAAUGCUCUCGACACGCAAGUAUCGGAGGCAAUCAAAAUGCAUUUUGAAGUUCGAAUGCUCGUCUUGAACAAUUUAAAAUGCGAAGACACGCGAAAUGAAAGCUUAGUGCUACGUGAGUUGCUGACAGGUGAACUAUUCGACUACUAUCCAGCGAGAUUCCCCCAUUUCGGAAGUUCAAUUAUGUUAGCUCUUUCCUUGGCUCUGCUGCUGCUGUCUCUGGCGCUGCUCUGCACCUACUUAUACCUAGAGCAGCGCUAUAGCUACUUCCGUCGACAUCGACUGAUCCAUAUACCCGCCUCCAGCUGGACGCCAUUUGGUCACCUGAAGCAGCUUCUGCUGCUGCGCAUCUCGUUUGGUGAUCUCUUCAAGGAAAUCUAUGCAGAUGCACGCAUUGAGCACGCAAAGGUUGCUGGUUUCUACGUGUUCCAGACCCCGGUUCUAAUGCUACGCGAUCCGGAACUAAUAAGCCUGGUGCUGAUCAAGGAAUUUAAUAGCUUCCUCAACCGGUAUGAAGCCGCCGAUGCUCAGCAUGAUCCGAUGGGCGCAUUGACCCUGCCCCUGGCCAAGUAUCCGGUGUGGCGAGAGAGCCGGCGCUGCAUGUCGCAGAUGUUCAGCAGUGGCCGGAUGAAGCAGCGCAUGUAUCCCCUGAUGCAGCAGGUGCUGCUCGAGCUGGAGCAGCAUCUGGAUAGGCGCAUGGCCGGGCGGACGGAGCAGGUGCUGCCCGUGAGCGAGAUGUGCCAGCUGUACACGACCGAUGUGACGGGCAGAUUGUUCUACAGCUGGGAUGUAGGUGGACUGCGCCAUGGUGAGUCACUCCUAAGGGAUCAGACCAAGCAGCUGCUCCACCCGAAUCUCACCAAGGUGCUGCACUUCAUGUGCAUCUUCUUCUUGCCACAAUGGACUUGGCUACUACGCGCCAAGGUCUUUGCCGAGGGCUAUGCGCGUUUCAUGCGGCAGAUGGUCGAGAAGCAGCUGCGGCAGCGAUGCCAAAAACGUAAUCCUCUAGCGGAUGUUGAUCUGCUUGGUCUGCUGGAGCCACUGCAGCGUACGCAGCAUUCGGAUUUCACAGCCUCCCAGGCGGGCAUCAUUCUUCUGGCUGGCUUUGAGACUUCAUCCGCCCUGCUGAGCUUCACAUUGUACGAGCUGGCCAAGCAGCCGGCGUUGCAGCGACGUUUGAAGCGGGAACUGGCCACAGCCUUUGGCCAGGAUGCGCAGCUCAGCUAUGAGACAGCUUCCACCUUGCCGUACUUAAAAAUGGUUUGUCUGGAGGCUUUGCGCCUCUAUCCCGCAGCUGCAUUCAUCAAUCGUGAAUGCACACGAUCCGAGGGCUUCGCACUGCAACCACACGUGGACUACGUGAUACCGCCUGGUAUGCCCGCCUAUAUAUCCAUAUUGGGCAUACAGCGUGAUGCCAAGUACUGGCCCAAUCCAUUGCACUUUGAUCCGGAGCGUUUUGCGCCGUCACGCCUAAAAGAUAUAAUACCCAUGACUUAUAUACCCUUUGGUGCUGGACCGCAUGGUUGCAUCGGCAGUCGACUGGGUUUGCUGCAGCUGAAACUGGGCGUGGCACACAUACUGCGCAGGCAUCGAGUGGAAGUAUGCGAUAGAACUGUCAACCAAAUACGCUUCAAUCCAAAGACCUUCAUGCUGGAGUCAUUGGAUGAGUUAUAUUUACGUUUCUGCCUAGAUCCUAUGUAGUUAACGCCAAUAUAUUUAAAUAUCUAUAAAUAUAGGCUGUGAAAUACCAUUAUUAAACUACCUGUCUAAGUACUAUAA